CUCUUCUCCCUUUCUCCUGAUUGCACAGAUGAGGACGACGGCGACACAAAGACAUUUUUACUUAAUCGCAAUGUGACAAUCAAGGAGGGUGUGAACGCGGAGGAGGAGUAUAAAAUAUGUGAAUUUCUUGGAAGUGGCAAGUUCGGUGACGUAAAUAGAUGCGAGGAGAGGUCCACGGGCUACGAAUUGGCAGCUAAAGUUGUCCCAUACAGCUCAUUGGAUGAGAAGGAGGGCGUGAUGAACGAGGUGGAGAUUAUGUGCCGACUGCGUCACCCCCGACUCAUUCAACUCUACGAUGUCUUCAUCCAAAGCGAUCGGAUUACCCUCAUCAUGGAGCUGUGA